AUGGCUAUAAAAUUGCUUCAGAUGCUUCAUACAUAUUGCAAUGGAAAUUUGAAUGAAACUGUACAAGAUGAUUUUGAUUGUUUUCGCGUUAUUAUCCUACCUGUUAUACCGUGCAUAUUUUUCUGGCUUUUACUACCAAUUUUUUGCGUACAGAUUUAUCGGAUACGGGUAAAUGGUGGAGUGCGCUCUUAUCCAUUACCAUGGACCGUUCUAUUAAUUACUAAAAUUGUAUUGAUGAUAUGCUUGCUAAUAAAUGCACUUGCAAGACUUGUCAUUAGUCUAUAUCAUAAUGGAAGUAACGCAAAUUUAUCACUCAUUGACUUUUGGUAUGCAAUCCUUACAGCUCUUACUACGUUAGGCCUAUUUUGUUGUAUUUUAAUGGCACGAAAAAAUGGUAUGAUUACUUCCGGAGUAAUACAUAUUACGAUGGCACUUUUCACAUUAUGCGGUUUUCCGGAAUACUUCUUUGAAUGGCAAGAAAUUGGCAAUUUUAGGUUGAUGCAAUACUUGGAUAUGGCUCGUUUCAUUCUUUAUCAGAUUUGGUAUCCACUUAUCGUCAUUCAAACAUUAUUGCUUUGUUUUGCUGAUUGUCGUGAACCAUUCCUGGUCAAAACAAGAAAGCAACUGAAUGUAUCACCUGAACUGGAUAGUUCAUUCUUGAAUCGUUUAUUGCUUUGGUGGUUUACAAAAGUUCAACUGUUGGGUGCUCGAAAAACAUUGGUUGUUGAUGACUUAUAUCAGCUUAAUGAUGGCAACACUGUUGCAUAUUUGUAUACCAAAUGGGAAAAACUAUGGAAUAUUGCUAUCGAGGAUAUUAAAUUUUCUUUUGUAGAUUAUCGUAGAAGACAGAAAAUUUACAAAAAUACACAACAAAACGACAGCACUUCUAAAUACCGGAAAAAAGGAAAUGAUCUGAAACCACCAUCAAUCGUAUGGCGAUUAUUUUUAAUGUUUCGAUUUGAAAUUUUAUCAGCAUCAGCUAUCAAAAUAUUAUCUGAUGUGAUACAACUUGCUAAUCCAUUCUUUCUAAAUUUAUUACUAAAUUUUAUUUCAACUGGUAAUCACACUUCCAUGGAAGGUUUAAUUUAUGUGAUAGCAAUGUUUGCAUGCGCUGAACUUCGUUCAUUUCUUCUUAAUUACUACUUCUUUCUAAUGAUGCGUGUGGGUGCCAAAAUUCAGACUACAUUAAUUACUGCCAUUUAUCGAAAGACUUUACGGCUGUCAAAUUCAGCCCGAAAAACCAAGACUGUAGGUGAAAUUUUGAAUUUAAUGGCAAUUGAUGCCGAGAAUUUCCAAUCCAUUACACCGUAUGUUCAGCAAUUUUGGUCAUGUCCAUUUCAGAUUAUGAUAGUCUUAAUAUAUCUAUUCUUUAUCAUUGGACCAUCAUCUAUUGUUGGCGUAGCUGUAAUGAUAUUUAUUUUACCAUUAAAUGUUAUCAGUUUAGUUAUUGUUAAAAAAUGGCAGACGGAACAAAUGAGAUUGAAAGAUGAACGGAUAAAAAUUUGUAAUGAAAUAUUACAUGGUAUAAAAGUGAUUAAAUUAUAUGCUUGGGAACCAUCAAUGGAAGAAGUGGUUGAGCAAAUUCGACGUAAAGAACUCUAUUUAAUUCGUAAAGUAGGCUUAAUUAGAAUCCUUGUCGAUACCAUUAAUUCUUCUUCAACAUUUUUUGUAGCAAUGCUAACAUUUGCAACGUAUACAUUGUCAAGUUCUACUCAUGUCCUUACACCACAAACUGCAUUUGUUUCAUUAACUCUUUUCAAUCAAUUGCGCUCACCGCUUGCAAUGAUCGCAUAUUUGAUGAAACAGACCGUAGAGACAGUAGUGGCAAAUAGACGAAUUAAAAAUUUUUUGGUGGCAGAUGAAUUAAAUCCAUUAACUAUUGAUCGAAUCACUGAUCAUUUUGAUACGGAAAAUGCAAUUGAAAUAAAAGAAGCUCAUCUGAAUUGGAAUGCUACCGGAUUGGAAACAGGAUUAGAAAUUGAUUGUUUCAUUUUACCAAAGAAAUCUUUAAUUGCUGUGGUUGGUAGAGUUGGAAGUGGCAAGAGUUCUCUUCUUAGUGCCAUUUUGGGUGAGAUGGAAAAAAUAAAAGGUUACAUCGGUGUCAGCGGUCAAAUGGGCACUGUUAGCCAACAACCAUGGAUUCAAAAUUCAACUCUUCGCAAUAAUAUAAUAUUUGGAAAACAAUUUGAUCGAGAAUUCUAUGAUAAAAUUAUGGAAGCCUGUGCUUUAAUCGAUGACUUAGCAAUUCUACCAAAUGGAGAUGCUACUGAAAUUGGUGAAAAAGGUAUCAAUUUAUCCGGUGGACAGAAAGCACGCGUAGCUCUUGCUCGGGCGAUUUAUCAAAAUUGUGAUAUUUACUUGUUGGAUGAUCCACUAUCAGCAGUGGAUAGUCAUGUUGGAAAACAUAUUUUUGAAAAGGUAAUUGGUCACAAUGGAUUAUUACGUGAUAAGGCAAGAAUUUUGGUAACGAAUAAUUUGGCAUAUCUAAAUAAAGUUGAUACUGUUGCAUAUAUGCAAGAUGGUAAAUUGGUUGCAUACGGUUCAUAUAAAAAAUUACUCGGACAAUCUGAGAGUUUUUCAAAAUUUGUCGAAGCAUGUCAAAGUGAAAAUGAAAAAUGGGAAGAAUCGAAGAAAGAAAGUGACGAAGAAAAUAAUUUGGAACUAUUCGAUGAUGAUGAUGAUGAUAAUAAUUACGAAGAAUCCGAAGCUAAGGAUGUCAAUAAAGAAAGUGUUGACAAAUUUGAUCGACGAAUUUCAUUACUAUCAACAACGAAUCAAGAAUCUUCCACGGUGAAAUCGCUUUCUGAAUUUUCAAUUGAUUCCUUAAAUAGUGGUAAGAAGAAAGAAGAGUUUAAGAUGACUACAACUGAGAAAGUUGAAGUUGGCAGGGUAAAAUUUGAUGUUUACAUACGGUAUAUCCGAUCAGCAACUUUUUUAACAUCGUUUCUCUUUCUUUUUCUCUUCGCAUCCUAUGGAAUUCUUCAAAUGGGACUAUCGGGUAGUUCAGAGAUGAAGCAAUUUUCGCUUGGAGCAUAUCUCGGGAUAUAUUUUGCACUUGGCUUCUCUGAAGGUAUCUGUUUUUUUGGUGCAUUGGCAUUUUUGAUGAUAAGCGGUCUUCGAGCAUCGCAAAAUCUUCAUGCACCAUUCCUACAUCGUUUGUUACAUUCACCGAUGUCAUUCUUUGAUAUGACACCGAUCGGACGUAUUUUGAGUAGACUUGGCAAGGAUAUCGAUGUGAUCGAUCAAUUAUUACCGACGAGUUUUCGUUAUUUCUUAAACUGUAUUGAAAAUGUUACGAUAAUAUUAAUUAUAAUAAUUAUAUCAACUCCUGUUUUUACUAUUACUAUCAUACCUCUUGCACUUCUCUAUUACACUUCUCUGUACUUCUAUAUUCCAACGUCACGACAAAUAAGACGACUGGAAAGUAUCAAUCGUUCACCAAUUUAUCAACACUUCGAAAAAACAAUCCGAGGACUUACGUGCAUAAGAGCGUUCGAAAAGGUGCAAGAAUUUUGCAAGUUAAUGGAAACAUACGUUGAUUGUUUCACACGUUGUAAAUAUUCCAAUGUUCUAUCAAAUCGUUGGUUAGCAGUACGAUUGGAGUUUAUUGGAAAUUGUGUUGUACUUUUUGCAGCACUAUUUGUGGUUCUCUGGCAUCGUUGGGGUAUUUCAAUAAGUGCCGGAAUUUCAGGACUUAGUGUUAGCUACGCUUUAAACAUCACAGAAGCGUUAAAUUUUGCUGUACGACAUAUUAGUGAAUUGGAAAUGAAUAUAGUAGCCGUUGAACGUAUAAAAGAAUAUGAUGAGAUGUCAACCGAAGCAGAAUGGAGAGUUGAUCAUUUCAAGCCAAAAGAAAAUUGGCCAUCAAAAGGAGAAAUAUCAUUAAUAAACUAUUCAACACAUUAUCAUUCUAAGCUUAAUUUCGUUUUACAUCAAUUGAAUGCUUCCAUUGCGCCAGCUGAAAAAAUUGGUAUUGUUGGCCGUACAGGCGCAGGUAAAAGCUCUUUAGCACUAGCAUUAUUCCGAAUUAUUGAACCUGCCAGUGGUACAAUUAUUAUUGAUGGUAUCAAUAUUUCAGAUAUAGGUUUACAUGACCUUCGUUCAAACCUCACAAUCAUUCCACAGGAUCCGGUCUUAUUUUCGGGAACAUUACGAUUUAAUUUGGAUCCAUCUCAUGUUUAUUCUGAUCAACAAAUAUGGAUAGCUCUAGAGUUAGCACACUUGAAAACAUUCGCUUCAAGUCUUGCUGAAGGUUUGCAAUAUCGGAUCAGUGAAGGAGGUGAAGAUAUUAGCGUUGGACAACGACAACUUAUUUGUCUAACACGUGCACUUCUUCGUAAGAGCAAAGUCUUAAUUUUAGAUGAAGCUACAGCUGCUGUAGAUCAAGCAACUGAUUUAUUAAUUCAGGAAACAAUUCGUCGUGAAUUUCAUGACUCAACUGUACUAACCAUUGCACAUCGUUUAAAUACUGUCAUCGAUUAUGAUAGAAUUAUGGUACUUGAAAAUGGUUCAAUACGAGAAUUUGAUUCACCACAAAAUUUGCUCGCUAAUCGUUCCUCAAUCUUUUUCUCUAUGGCAUAUGAUGCUCAAAUUGUCUGUUAA